GCUCAAAAACGUUGCUACUUAUGUCAAUGAUAGCGUUAUUUGACCUUCGUGCAACUGAUCUCUUCUCUGGUAAUUUAUUGCUGUAUCCAGUUACAAGUGCGGAAGUGAAUCAGAAUGAUCUCGUGAUGAGCACAUCCCUUGCAUUUGAAUGAUGUGUACAUUACAAUACGAUUAAAGGGAAAAUCGAAAAAAUAUUUCAAUAUAAAACUGUGACUCUACGGUGUGGAACGAAAUAAUAAGUGUGGAAAUAAAGAAAUAGUCGUUUUGGUCAUAUUUGCUGUAUCAAGUUACAAGUGCGGAAGUUAAUCAGAAUGAUCUCGUGAUGAGCCCAUCCUUUGCAUUUCAAUGAUGUGUACAUUACAAUACGAAGAAAGACAAAAUCGAAGAAAUAUUUCAAUAUAAAACUGUGACUCUACGUUGUGGAACGAAAUAAUAAGUGUGGAAAAGAAGAAAUAGUCGUUUUUAUCAUAUUUGCUGUAUCAAGUUACAAGUGCGGAAGUGAAUCAGAAUGAUCUCGUGAUGAGCCCAUCCCUUGCAUUUCAAUGAUGUGUACAUUACAAUACGAAGAAAGGCAAAAUUGAAGAAAUAUUUCAAUAUAAAACUGUGACUCUACGUUGUGGAACGAAAUAAUAAGUGUGGGAAAGAAGAAAUAGUCGCUUUGGUCAUAUUUGCAUCUUCAAACGGAAUCACGCUUUAAGUGUUAUCAAUAUGAGCAGAAUAUAAAAUGGCUUCGCCACCUAAAGAAUUAAAGAUUGAGGAAAAUGGAUCUCGUUUGAGUAAACUUUUAAUCAAUAAAGGAACCCAAGCCUUAAAAACAACAUUGCAAUCUUUAUUAAAGCCAUCAAGUUUAGCUGGUAAACUUAAAGAUCCUGCUACAAAGAAGAAACUAUCAUCUUUGAAAUAUAAAGUCAUUAAGAAUAAGCAAUGGGAACUUCUUUAUCCUUCAAUUGGUGACCUUGACAUUGAAAACUUUGACAUCACAAUAUUAACUGUCUUAUUGCGUAACAUAUGUGGUCUAACAGCUCCACAUAGUGGAUGGAAUAAUCUUCCUUCCUCUUCAGAUACUUCAAUCUCAGCAAACAUUGCAAGAAUAAAGUUUUAUCGAAACAAAGUGUACGGUCACAUAACUACAACUAGUAUAGAUGGCAGUGAGUUUGAGAACUUGUGGCAGGAAAUUUCAAAAGCAUUGGUUGGUCUGGGUAUUCAACAAACUGAAAUAGAUGAAUUAAAGAAAGCUCCCCUCACUGCCGAUGAAGCAAAUUAUGUUAAAAUGUUAAAAGAAUGGUAUAAAAAAGAAGAGCAGUUACUCGAUGUCACAGAAAAAAUCAAAGAAGAUUUGAAAGUAAUGAAUAGAAAUGUUGUAGAGAUGAAACAAGAGAUGGCAACAAAAGCUGAUGUAACCAGAAUGGAAGAAAUGAAACGGGACAAAAUAUGCUCAGAACUUAAGAAGCUUGAAAAGUGGAAAUACAUCGAUGAAUCAACGAAACAUAGAGAAUUGUUUUUAAAAUUGAUUGAAUAUGGGCGCAAUCGCAGUGUUGAGGUUAAAGUGGUGGGCAAUGUACGUGUAAUAUUCUCAGAAGAAUUUUGCAUUGGCGAAGGAAGUGAUGCAACCCGUGUUUAUCUUGGACUGGGUAAGGAUGGUUACGGUAAAGCAGUCAAACGAAUACAUCGAGAUAGCUUUAUCCAGCUUGCACAGCAAGAAAAGAAAAUUUUGAAUGAAUUCAAUGCAAAAAAGUCGAAAUAUGUUGUGAAUUAUUUCUACUUAGAAGAAGAUAAUGGAACGGAUUAUGUUUAUUUGAUCUUAGACUUAUGUGAAGAAUCACUGGUGAAGUUUGUGGAAGAUUCUACUUUGCAUGAUCUUCAAAAAGCUCUUCCUGAUAUUCUUAGACAAAUUUUAAAAGGAUUAGCUGAUCUUCAUAGCGACCCAAAUCCUAUUCUACAUCGGAAUUUGAAGCCUUCCAAUGUUCUGCGAGACUCAAAAAGUCAAUUUCUGAUAGCUGACUUUGGCAUGAGUCGAAUAAUGAAGAAUGACACGACAACAUAUAAAAGCAAUUUUUCCAUGGGAACCCAGCAUUGGAUAGCUCCUGAAUCAUAUUGCGAAGAUGAUGAUUCAGUAAACAAAGCGCGUUACAAAAGAAGGUCUGAUGUAUAUAAUGCAGGGAUGGUAGCUUAUUAUGUUGCUACAAAAGGAAAACAUCCUUUUGGAAUUCAACGGUAUAGACUGGAAAACAUGUUGAAUGGAAACCCUGUUGGUUUGAAAGAAAUCAAGGAUGAAACAUUAAAGGACCUUCUGUCGUGGAUAUUAAAUCUAAAACCUGAAGACAGACCAUAUUCUAACGAAGCAUUAAAACACCCAUUUCUCAUGUCAGAUGAUGAGAAGUUUGAAAUGUUAUGUGAAGUUGGGAAUCUUCAUCAGAUUAAGACAAAUGAUCUCCAGUCAAGUGUCGUUCAACAAUUGAAUAGCGAAUGCGUACUUUGGAAAAGUCAAAUUAAUUGGGAUGUCUAUGAUUAUUUUCGCACGUACGAGAACAAUGGAAAACUUUAUAAGGUCCAUUAUACAUCUUCAUGGGCAGAAUGCUUAAGGCUUAUUCGAAAUACUCGCCAGCAUUGGAACGAUCGACCUCUACCACAACCAGAAUUAUUUUACAAGAUUGGUGAUUACAGGGCGUAUUUUCUCCGAACAAUUCCUAAUCUCCCUGUUCGGGUACAUGCUGCGGUCAGGUCCAAUAAAGAAUUGAAAAACAAACCAGAACUCAAGAACUUUUCAAGAACACCAACAGUUCCUCCAACAACACCCGCAGAUCCUUCAAGAACACCAACAGUUCCUCCAAGAACACAACUGGUUUCUCCAAUGCCACCUCAGCGUGAGAAUGAUAGUAAACUCGAAGAGACAUUAAAAGGACUUACUUUAAAGAGAGAUCAGUAUAAAUUGGCUGCUCGCAAUUGUAAUAGAAGUGGGGACAAAGAAAAUGAAAAAAAAUAUUUGAUUGUAUCGAAGGACUUCGAUGCUGUCAUUCAAGCUGUAAAGGAUGAAAAAGAUGUUGAUCUCACACAAUGCCCUCCACCUCCCCCUGGAUUUCCAGGAUUUAAUUUGAAAAGCCAAUUUCUUGAUGAACAUUACAAAAUUAAAAGAGACGUUCAUGAAAAAUUCAAAAGCAUAUCGUGGAUAUGUGGCAACUAUGGAACAGUUAGAAAAAACAAAGUUAUACCAUAUGCUCAUAUGUAUAUCACAGUUGAUGAUGUUGAAGAAAGGUCCGAUGAAGAUUUAAAGAACGAAAUUGACAAGAUAUUUGAAUGGGAAGCAUCAAAAUUCAUUGAAAUCAGGCGUAAACCUUACAAAAGACCAAAGAUUCGAUAUUUAUCAAACUUUCGCGCUGUUCAAAAUAAUGAUACCCCAAAUCCAAUGCGAACACCGAAUGAUGUUGUUAUGGAAAACCAAUCAGCCGAUGGCUCUCGUGGUACAAUGACAAUGUUCUGUGGCAAAAACAAUAAGUAUUACGCCUUGACAUGCGCACAUGUUGCUUGUGGCGCAAGUGACAUGGUGGACAGUGCAUUGGCUUUCAAUCAGAAAAAUGACUUUUUGGCAAUUCGCGAUGCCGUCAAACACCUUAAUGAAGGUACAGCUUAUUUUUACAAACUACCAAACAGUGAUAAUGAAUUUCUACUUCCCUCUAAAGGCGUGAUUGGUCAUUUUGACAAAGAAGUUGAUAUUGUGAGAAUUUUCAUCGGUGAUAAACGUUGUUUUCAGAAGCUUGGAGGAGAUGACAUGGAACGUUUUGCCUUGAAUUUAGAUCUAGCAUAUGAAGAACUUUACGAAAGAUUGGAAAAUGAGGAUGAAUCUGUGAGAGUUCGAACAGAUUAUCAUAACUUUGGUACUUUAAGUGAUCUACAUGGUACUCACUUGACAAGGCAUUCAAGAGAAGUCAUUUUUGAAGAUGCAGUGAUGGUCAAAAGUGAUUGCCAAUUUCUAAAAGAAAGUGACUCUGGUGUACUUGUUUAUUUUUUGGAUAAACAAGGAAAGUGGCAGCCAUUUGCAUAUGGUGUAUGUGAUAUAGAAGAUGAUGGUGAGGGUGGUGAGGGUGGUUGUGGUGAUGGUGGUAAUAUUAAUGAUGAUGAUGGUAGUGAUGGUGGUAAUGAUGAUGAUGAUGGUGUUGAUGAUGGUGGUGAUAAUGGUGAUGAUGGUGAUGAUGGUGAUGGUGGUGAUGGUAAUGAUGAUGAUGAGGGUGAUGGUAGUGAUGGCAGAAAUAUUGAUGAUGGUGAGGGUGGUGAAUGUGGUUGUGGUGAUGAUGGUGACAUUGAACGUGAUGGUGUGGGUGAUGGUGUGAUAUUUGAAGGAGGUCCACGUUUGAAGACCUUCGUAUGUUUAAAAUUAGAUAAUGCUUUAACUGCUGUUGAAUUGAAGGAUUGUGAAUACUACAGGUCAGAGGUCAAAACAGCAAUCCAACGUAAUCGGAACAAGACCAAACGAUAGCAGAAGUUUCUACUAACAUUGACAAGAAAUAAUAAGACAUAAGAUUGUUUCUGAAUAUUGCCGAACUGGAUCCGCUGGUGAAUAAAAUAUCUUUUCUUCAUGAAUAAUCGUUUGUUAUUUUUGAUAAGUUUGAUAAACUCAUUAGGUUUAAGAUAGAUAUGGAAAUCAGUACCUGGAUUGUAUUGCAAAUCUAUGCCAUUUUUGUAAAAAAAAUCCACUAUUGAUAGGCAGGCUUAGGUGGGUAUAUAAGCAGAUAGAUAAAUAGAUAAAAUAGUAAAUAGUUUAAUAAAAUUUGACAUAUGGCAGCCCAUUGGCUAAAUUGCAUGCGGAGUUUUAACAAUGAGAAUUCUAUUACCAAAAGUCAACAAAAAAGUUUGGAUUAUAUAUAACUUAAAACUGGA